CUGCUGGUUGGCCAACAGGAAGUCGACAUGUGCUUCCGCAUGGAGAAACCCCCACGUGUUUCGUCAGCGUGUGGGUUUGUUGCUGUUUAGCAGCAGCAGCUAGUUAAAGGCUAACUUAUUCAGGACUGUGUGUUCUCCUGUUUAACAGUAAGAUGAGCCGUGUGUGCGACUGCUGCGGUGAGCACAUUAACAACCUGAAGCAGCAGGUUUCUGUGAUGAGAAAAGAAAUAAAGAACCUGAGGCAGAUGUUGGACAGUGCAGUUAGAGCUCAGCGCAAACACAUGAUAUCCAUUCAGUCGGCUGUGUCAAAGAUUGGACCCUGUGAACCUGUUAAAGACCAGCCUCCACCACCACUGCCUCCACCAGCAGUGUCACCACAAGCUGCAUUAGAGCAAGGAAACAUCCACACAGUCCCGAUUGGCUACAUCAGCUCCUGCUUCUCUGUGAAGAACGGCACACCCAGACAGCCCACCAUUUGUGGUCCCUCCAGAGCCGAACUGCGCAUCCAGCAGAGUGUCUUCAAUAACCCCGAGCACGCUCUGGUGGGCCUGGAGCAGUACUCCCACGUCUGGAUCAUCUUUGUCUUUCACAAAAAUGGGCACCUGAGUUAUAAAGCCAAAGUGAAACCUCCUAGACUUAACGGUCAGAGAGUCGGAGUGUACUCGACACGCAGUCCACACCGACCAAAUGCCUUGGGCCUGACUUUAGCUAAACUUGAUAAAAUUGUCGGUGACACAAUACACCUGUCAGACAUUGACAUGAUUGAUGGCACCCCGGUCCUGGACAUCAAACCCUACAUCCCAGAGUACGACUCCCCCAACACCAGGAUGGGCUCUGAGCCUUAUGAUUCAAACACAGAGCGACCACAGGCGACUGCUGGGUCACCAAAGGAGUCAACAGACACAUUUAACCUCCACAAGGAGUCAGAGGAGCAGUCAGACCUAAAAAGUGGAAGAACUGAUGAUGAUGACUUGAGGAGACUUCUCUCAAGAGACAAAUCCGAAGCCAAUACUCCAGUCACAGAUUCAUCUCAGUCAGUCACUGCUCGGUUCUCCCUCCACAAAGACCUCCACAAUGUGCUGGAGGAGGUCAAGGCCUAUGUGAACCAAGGUGACCUUUGCCAGCUGAGUUGUGCCAGCGAGGUUCAAGUGUCAGAUUCCCCCAAAUCCAAACCACCAGAGUCGACAGUGGACCACCCUUGCUAUGGAGAGGAGGCCUACAGCACCAUCGCUGGGUGGCUCAGAGAGCCUCCUGUUGGCAGUCUGGAGGUGCGCUUCACCCCAAAUGCUGAAAGGCAGUUAGCAGACUUUGUUCCCACGUCAGGAGCCUCUGAAAGUGACAGACCCAGAUUCAAGUUCCUGCGCAGUCCGGAGGAGGCUGCUGCGGCCAUCAGAGGGGUGCUGUCAGCAGACCCACGGUCAGUCUACAGGCGGACACGCUGCAGAGACAGACUGUUCUUCUUCACCCUGGACACGGCUGACAUCACCUGCUGGUUUGGACAAGGCUUUGCUGAGGUACUGCAGGUCCGACCUGUGGAGCAGCACGUUGCCUCAAUGUGA